UUCUUAUGACUUUUGUUGAGCUGAACUAGCAGCCCUAGUCUGCGCAUGAUGGGAUCAAGUGAUUUCUCGUCUGGUUCUUCUCGUUGUGAAGCGGUUGUGCGCCAAUAUGUGACAUAUGUGGCCUGUUGGCAACAUGGCGUGGAGUAAAAAGAAUUCCCAUUUGCCUUAUUUUCUUUCACAAUCACUUGAACUGUUCUCGCCUGUACCGUGGGUACGAUACUAGAAUCCCAGCACGUCGAACAGCCACUUUCCAGACAACCACACGCUCAGCCACCUAUCAAGCGUUUUCAAGACGACGGAAAACUCAAUCAUAAGCCCACCAUGGACGACAAAGUCGAUGGGGGCCAGAAGUCGGCGAAAGCCAAACAGCAGCCGAGAUCCAGCGACAAGCUUCUUCAGAGCCAAGAGGCAACCGAACCAGAAGCGAAAAAGGGCCACACUGUGAACACAGAGUCAAAGGACAGGGAAACCCAUAGCAACAACAGAAAACGCAAGCGAGAGCAGGGGAAGAAUGACGACAAUUUCAAAGAGAGAAACCCUCCUUCUUCAUCCGCCAACGAGAGAGAUGAAAGUGGCAAGCUCGGCCAUCCUUCUUGCCAAGGCAAGAGCGCCAACGAGCCCAGCGCUACCAUUGUAAACAACGACCGCAGAACGACUCGUUCCAUGGCAGACGUGUGCAAAUCAGCAACAAAUUUAUCCAUAACCUCCAAAGAAGACAACAUGUACAGCCAGCCGCCGAGCUCCAAGGCGUCCAGUCAGGGGGACAGUGCCAGUGAGGAGGGUUACGCCAGUAUGGAGUACGAUGCAAGUCAUGAAGGCGACGGAAGUCAUCAAGGCGACGCAAGUAAGGAGGGCGACGCAAGUCAUGAAGGCGUCGCAACUAAGGAGGGCGGCGCAAGCCCCGACAAGGACAUGGACGAGCCCCCAGCGCAGGACAGUGCCGCCACCGAACAAUCGGGAGUUGGCAUCACCGCCUCCGAGUCCAGCGUUAUUGACAACCUGCUGCGCGCACUGAACCCAGAGAGAUUCCGUGCGGGUCUGAUUCCACCAGAAUCAACAGGCUCAGGACGACGAGUGGAAACGCUUCGUGCCCAGGCGCAGAGAGCUCGCUGGAGUCCGUACCCCGGUGGCCCAAGCCGCGAGCAACAGGUCAACCCGCCUCGCUCGACACCAGGUUCCGAUCCUCGACCUCUUACCUUUGGGCCCCAGCAGAAUAUCCGUAGACCGCCACAGAGGCUGCCUCGAGAGAUAGGGAGCGCUCAGCAGCAGCCGCCACAGGCGGCGCCUCCACCACAGGCCCCAGCACCUAGUGAGUAUCCGGCACAACAACAGCGACAACAAACACCACAAGUACCAGCAUGCUCGGUUACUCAGGCACAGCCAGCACGUGCCCUGCCUCGGCCGCCGACACCUAUCCCAUAUUGGUCAGAAACACCUAGCCCGCCUCCACCACCAUUGCCGGACGGCACACCGGGUGUCACCUAUGGCUAUCGUGGGCGACCGUUGCAGGAGGCAGUACCAUUUACAGGCCCACGUGCCAUAACGCCGCCGCUCCGACUCAACGGAGUCACUGGGAUCACUGGGACCAACAGGGUCAACGGGGUCAAUGGAGUCAACAGAGUCAAUGGAGUCAAUGGAAUCAACGGGGUGAACGGAGUCAAUAGAGUCAACGGCAAUCGCAACAACCACCAUCGGCCAUCCACGAGUCCACGAUCCAACGGCAGCGUCAGCGAACUGUCCAACAACCAGUCCACCGACCUGUCCGCCGACCUGUCCGCCGACCUGUCCGCCGACCCCUCUGAAGCCGGUCGUUCGGCUCGUUCGACUCGUUCUGUCAACACGGGACGUCGCCUCUUUGACUACCAAGAAGACGUCCGCGAAGUCGUGGAGGGCGUCUACGAACAGCAGAGAGCCGAUCCCGGGCGCGACAUGGACAUAUACAUGCGAAACCAAAUGCCCCACGUAUUAUAUCCGCCGGCGACGGUGGCAUUAAUCGGCCACGAUUUGACCCACAACGUGGACGCACUGAGGCUACUGUCGCCCGAGCGGCAAGCCGAGCGGCUCGUGAGGUUGGCUGCUGUCGUCUACUAUGCCUCGAGGGAGCUGGGCUUGGAUCCAUUCGACAAUGUGGCCAGGGAAUGGAUCAUGGCAUUGCAAGACGCCCUAUAUCCUCUCAAUCAGGCCGAGGGCCGGGCUAACUAGGAACGGAUCCCGGGAUCUGUCACAUCAUCCUCAGGCUGGGCUGAGACUGAGCAGUCUGAGCAGAGCGCGGAUCAGGACGAGACACAGGACGGGCGUGGUAGAAGCAUUACUUGAUUGACUUAGACAGAGUGUGGUGAGACGAGAAUCAUGAGAUAAGAAGAAUCAUUGCGGCAUACCUCUAUGGCUUUUGAUUUCGUGAGACGCCUACUCCCAUUUCAUUCCAUUCCAUUCCAUCCCCCAUGACACUCAUGUUUACUCGUCCUCCGCC